CACGCUUAGCCAGUUAGCCCAGCCCACAUUUACGUAGUCAAGGUUACUGCAAUCACCACCGUUUUUACUAUUUACCCUAAACAAAUUUACCUAGACGAAGCUAUUCAUUCAAUCCAAACAAAAUGGAGAACUGCAAAUUUCCAAGGGAGCUGCUGAUCGAGAUUUUGGCUAGAUUGCCGGUAAAGUCUCUUUUGCGAUUUAAGUCUGUUUCUAAAUCCUUUUAUUCUUUAAUAAAAAGUGAUAAUCAUUUCCAACACAAGCACUAUGAAAUUAGUCGGGUGAGAAGAGAUUAUGCCAUUUUCGAGCGUCGGAUUGGGAUUAGUGAAUUUCGGCGUGAGAGAGUAUUUGGUUUAGUUUACAAAGAAUUGGAUUCUGAUGAGAUUGGAUGUGUAGACCUACCCUUACCUAGUUCAGAGACAGUAGAUGUAAAGUGUAUUGAGGGUAUAUUAUGCUUAAUUGCCGUUAGUGAUGAUGGAACUAGGAAUAUUUCAAUGUGGAAUCCAUCCACCCGGGAAAUUAAGGCAUUACCACCGAUCUCCCCACCUCACAAUUCCAUUCCUCACAAAUUCCUUACAGAUGAUCGGAAAGAAUCAAUUGGAUUUGGGUUUUGUAACAACAUGAGAGGGAAGGUUGUCAUUGUUUGGUGUUGUGGAGAUGAAGAUGAAUGGAAAUGUGAGUACAAGGUAAUGGUUUGUAGCGAGGUUGAUAACAUAUGGGGUUGGAGAGAAAUUAAUCCACAUCCUCUUUUCGAUCGAUUGUGGCCAAGGCCCUAUCAUGAUAUUUACUUGAAAGGAAAGUAUUAUUGGAAUUUUUAUGGAUACUCAGACCGUGGUUCGUUUACGCCGUAUUUGCUCUGCUUCGACAUUAGUGCCGAGACUUUUGGGACAAUUAGUUUGCCAUCUGAUCCUCCAUGCCAAAAUGGGGAUGAAGGGAAAGGUCUUGUACAUGCUAAUGUUUCGGUUAUGAAUGACACUAUUGCUUUGAUUGGUUAUCGAGGGGGACGGAGGAGAAGGGAUGGACGAUGGGAGGUUUGGUUAAUGAUGCAAAAUGGUAGUGAGGUUAAUUGGCAUAAAUAUGCCUCCAUCGGGGGUGGAGAUGAUAUUUUGCGGCCGAUACGAAUUUGGAAUCAGGAUCGUCAUUUACUCAUGCAACGGAUGAAUGCUGAAAUUUAUCUUUUGACUUUCAAUUCUCUCAAAUUCAUGGAAUCCCAUUGAUCUACUGUAGUGUUAAAAUCUAUCAAAUCUAGAGCAAAUUCAAUGCCUUGCUCAAAACUUCAUGACAGUACCUGAUUUGGAUCCAAAUUUUAGU